AAGUUUCUAGUCCAAGGGUAGCCUUAUAUUUAAGUUUUCCUGUAAGGGAUCUGAUACUUCUAACACUGUAAACUUACUAGAAUUUGAUAGAAAUAUGGUCAUACCUUUUUAUUAAAGACAAGUUAUUCCUAAUGGAAAAUAUUGGAUUUCCUAUGGAAGGAGCCAUCUUUUUUUCUUUUAGUGGGAUUAUCCAGUUCUUGUUUCAAAACAUUCUCAGAUUUCAUCCAUUUCUUCCCUGCAGAAUCCAAAAGGAAGGAGCUCUUAAGUUCCGUAUAGUAAAAACUGGCGAGAUCUCCCAGCUUGAAAAGGACCUUGAGGAUGAAAUUAAGGCACUUGAGAGUCAGAGAGAUGAAUUUGAAGCAGAGCUCAAAAAGGUCAAAGUUGCAUUGGUUUCUGCAAAUGCCCGUCUUCACAAUGCUAGGGAAGAAAGAGAGCAGUUUGAUGAAGCUAAUAAUCAAAUUCUUCAACACUUCAAGGUGAAGGAAGAUGAGCUAUCUAGAUCAAUGACUUUAUAUCGGGCAGAAGCAGAUGUUUGUGAUGCAUUUAUUAGUUUUUUAGAAGACUCCUGGACUUUUGAGUCCUCUCAUAUCCAACAAAAGCAGAAGCAGGUCAAUGAUGAGUUGGACAAAUGUGAAGAUUAUUUGGUGAACUUGGCAAUCUCUGUCUUAUCCAUGUACAAGGAUGAGCUGGGCCCUUCUAUUUCAAACAUUAGGGAACUUGCAGAAAAGUUGAAACGGUCAGAGAAUACGAGCAAUGAGAAGAUGGAAACAAUCGAAGUGAAGAGAAGGCUAGAAGAAGAAUACCUGAAUGCAGAGGCUAAGUUAGUUACGGUGUUCAGUGUAGUGGACGGCAUAAAAAGACAAUUUCAUGGGCAAGAUGGCGUGAUAUCUAGGAAAGGUGAUCAGAAACUGAAAGAGUUAUUUGAUACUCUUCAAAAGCUCGAAGAAGAAUUUGAAUCCAUUAAUAGACCAAAGCUGGAACUUGAGACCCUAGCAAGGAAGACUGAGGAAAAAUCAAAAGGGGUACUUGAAAGUACUCCUUCAUCUCCUAAGCUGCCAAUAAGCGAUGACUCUGCGUGCUUUUUGGAUGCUCUCCCACGGAUCCAGACGCCAAGGGCUGACUCUAUGUCCACUCCAGAAACUGUGGUACUAACACCAAGGCGAUGGAUGCGAGAGAACGUCCGAAGAAGUCUUUCAUUAGCUAUCAAUCAGACAACAGGGACGUUGGAGUCCAGUUUCAAGUCACCAAAACUUCGGAAAGGGAAGUCCUUGGAUCCAGCUGCUGAACUAUCUAAGUUGAAGCUCGAGUUGGAACUUGAGAAUGAUAGUAGAAUACACCCUGCUGAGGAGAUUGAUGACUGGGAAUCCGAUGUGAUUGAUAAAGAACGACAACAUUUUAAAUGAACUUUCCAACAACUGUCCACGGCUUUAAAUAUGUACUCUUUGGCUACUUUCUUGAGCAAACAGUGGCCAAAAUUGUGGCAAUUUCAUACAGAAUUGUAUUGUUAUAGCUCCUUUUUCUUUUGACACUGGACCUUGGGGAUAAUUCUGAUUCACUUUAAAUUGUUGCACUUAGUUUUUAUGGUGUUAGAUGAAUCUUUUGUACAUAAAAUGAGUUGAUUUUGAGA